GGGCCUUGAAUUGACUCUGGACACGAAGAAGCAGCAGAACUGAGGAUCCUACCCAAAGAGGCCCCCUUGCCUGAAGCUCGCGAACUGGGUGCCAGCGCACAGAGCACAGACACGGGGGCACGGUGUGCAACAAUAUGCCAGUAUACGUGUCAGUUCCAUCUCAUAUGUGGAAACUGAGGCAGAGAGGAUCAGUCUAGGAACUUGGCAGCAUGAAGCAUGUCCUGUGUGCCAAAGGCUGAGGAGUUCCUUGGAGGAGAUGGAAACCCCAGGGAAAACAGCCCAUUCAUCAAUAAUGUGGAGGUGGAAAGAGAGAGCUACUUUGAGGGGAAGAACAUGGCACUUUUCGAGGAAGAGAUGGACAGCAACCCCAUGGUGUCAUCGCUGCUGAACAAACUGGCCAACUAUACCAACCUGAGCCAGGGUGUGGUGGAGCAUGAGGAAGAUGAGGACAGCCGGAGGCGGGAGAUCAAGGCCCCACGCAUGGGCACCUUCAUUGGCGUCUACUUGCCCUGCCUGCAGAACAUCUUGGGUGUUAUCCUUUUCCUGCGCCUGACCUGGAUUGUGGGGGCAGCUGGUGUGCUGGAGUCCUUCCUCAUCGUGUCCAUGUGCUGUACCUGUACAAUGCUUACUGCCAUCUCUAUGAGUGCCAUUGCGACCAACGGUGUAGUCCCAGCGGGCGGCUCAUACUACAUGAUCUCCCGUUCGCUGGGACCAGAGUUUGGAGGGGCUGUAGGCCUCUGCUUCUAUCUGGGCACAACGUUUGCAGGCGCCAUGUACAUCCUGGGUACCAUCGAGAUCUUCCUGACCUACAUCUCUCCAAGUGCAGCCGUCUUCCAGGCAGAGUCAGCAGACGGCGAGGCGGCGGCGCUGCUGAACAACAUGCGUGUGUAUGGCAGCUGCGCGCUGGCACUGAUGGCAGUCGUGGUCUUCGUGGGCGUCAAAUACGUCAACAAACUGGCGCUGGUCUUCUUAGCCUGUGUUGUGCUUUCCAUCAUGGCCAUCUAUGCUGGGGUCAUCAAGACAGCCUUCGCCCCACCUGACAUCCCGGUCUGUCUACUUGGGAACCGCACGCUGGCAAAACGCAGCUUUGAGACCUGUGCCAAAACGCAGGUUGUCAGCAACGGCACAGUGACCACUGCACUCUGGCGCCUCUUCUGCAAUGGCUCUAGCCUGAGUGCCACCUGUGAUGAGUACUUUAUACAGAAUAAUGUCACUGAGAUCCAGGGCAUCCCUGGUGUGGCCAGCGGUGUCUUCCUGGACAACCUGUGGAGCACAUAUUCGGACAAGGGGGCAUUUGUGGAAAAGAAGGGCGUGUCCUCAACACCCGUGUCUGAGGAGAGCCGGCCUGGUGCAUUGCCAUACGUCCUCACGGACAUCAUGACCUACUUCACCAUGCUAGUUGGCAUCUACUUCCCCUCCGUAACAGGGAUCAUGGCAGGAUCCAACCGCUCUGGGGACCUCAAAGACGCCCAGAAGUCCAUCCCAACAGGGACCAUUCUGGCCAUCGUGACCACGUCUUUCAUUUAUCUUUCCUGCAUAGUGCUAUUUGGGGCCUGCAUCGAGGGUGUGGUCUUGCGAGAUAAGUUUGGGGAGGCCCUGCAAGGGAACCUGGUCAUUGGCAUGCUGGCCUGGCCAUCCCCCUGGGUCAUCGUCAUUGGCUCCUUCUUCUCCACCUGUGGUGCUGGCCUACAGAGCCUGACUGGGGCCCCCCGCCUGCUGCAGGCCAUCGCCCGCGAUGGCAUCAUCCCUUUCCUGCAGGUGUUUGGCCAUGGAAAGGCCAAUGGGGAGCCCACGUGGGCCCUGCUGCUCACGGCCCUCAUCUGUGAGACAGGCAUUCUCAUCGCCUCCCUGGACAGCGUGGCCCCCAUCCUGUCCAUGUUCUUCCUCAUGUGCUACAUGUUCGUGAAUCUGGCCUGUGCUGUGCAGACCCUGCUGCGCACACCCAACUGGCGCCCACGUUUCAAGUUCUACCACUGGACCCUCUCCUUCCUCGGGAUGAGCCUCUGCCUUGCCCUGAUGUUCAUCUGCUCCUGGUACUACGCCCUCUUCGCCAUGCUCAUCGCUGGCUGCAUCUACAAGUACAUCGAAUACCGCGGGGCUGAAAAGGAGUGGGGUGAUGGCAUCAGGGGCCUGUCACUGAAUGCUGCCCGCUAUGCCCUUCUGCGUGUGGAACACGGGCCCCCACAUACCAAGAACUGGAGGCCCCAGGUGCUGGUGAUGCUGAACCUGGAUUCUGAGCAGUGUGUGAAGCACCCCCGCCUGCUGUCCUUCACCUCGCAGCUGAAGGCUGGCAAGGGCCUGACCAUCGUGGGUUCUGUGCUAGAGGGCACCUUCUUAGACAAGCACGUGGAGGCCCAGAGGGCUGAAGAGAACAUCCGAUCUCUGAUGGGUGCAGAGAAGACCAAAGGCUUCUGCCAACUGGUGGUGUCCUCCAACCUGCGAGAUGGCGCAUCUCACCUGAUCCAGUCAGCUGGCCUCGGUGGCAUGAAACACAACACUGUCCUCAUGGGCUGGCCAGAGUCCUGGAAGCAGGCAGAUAACCCUUUCUCCUGGAAGAACUUUGUGGACACCGUCCGUGACACUACAGCAGCACACCAGGCAUUGUUGGUGGCCAAAAACAUUGACUUGUUCCCGCAGAACCAAGAACGCUUCAGUGAUGGGAACAUUGACGUGUGGUGGAUUGUGCAUGAUGGGGGCAUGCUCAUGCUGCUGCCCUUCCUGCUGCGCCAGCACAAGGUGUGGCGAAAAUGCCGGAUGCGCAUCUUCACUGUAGCCCAGGUGGAUGACAACAGCAUCCAGAUGAAGAAGGACCUACAGAUGUUCCUCUACCACCUCAGGAUCAGUGCCGAGGUGGAGGUGGUGGAGAUGGUUGAAAAUGACAUUUCUGCAUUCACCUAUGAGAAGACACUAAUGAUGGAGCAGAGGUCACAGAUGCUGAAACAGAUGCAGCUGUCGAAAAAUGAGCGGGAGAGAGAGGCCCAACUGAUUCACGACAGGAACACAGCAUCCCAUACCACAGCAGCUGCUAGAACCCAAGCCCCACCAACGCCCGACAAAGUGCAGAUGACGUGGACAAAAGAGAAGCUCAUCGCAGAGAAACACAGGAACAAGGACACCAGUGCAUCGGGCUUCAAAGACCUCUUCAGCCUCAAGCCAGAGUGGGGAAACCUGGACCAGUCCAACGUCAGGAGGAUGCACACAGCUGUGAAGCUCAAUGGUGUGGUCCUCAACAAGUCCCAGGAUGCACAGCUGGUCCUGCUGAAUAUGCCAGGCCCUCCGAAAAAUCGUCAGGGGGAUGAGAACUACAUGGAGUUUCUUGAGGUCUUGACUGAAGGGCUGAACAGGGUCCUCCUGGUCAGGGGUGGCGGCCGGGAAGUCAUCACCAUCUACUCCUAACACCUGUAGCCUGGACACACCUGGAUGGGGUCAGGACUAUGCUAGCAGCCUAUGGCCAGGCUCGGGCCCACCAGCACGCCUCUGACCGGUGGCCAUUGCCCUACCAAGAUGUCGCGGUGAUUCUGGUCACUCUGCCACACAUGGCUUCCCACAGACAUAACACCCCUAGGCUUCCUCCAAGCAGGAGAUGCUCCAGGGGCAGUGCCUAGAGCUGUUCUGACAGGAGCGGCUCCUUGUGUUCUUGUGGGCAGUGGUAGGUAUACCCAGGACUCUGGGGUCAGCUCUUCCCACUACAGGCAGGGCCUCGCCUCCAGGUACUAGUAUCACUUGUCUGUGGAUGACUGUCCAGUAUUUUGUGGCAGUUACAUUUCAUUUCUACCCUGUCCAGAACGUGUGAACGUACGCACAGUUCCCUGGGGCUGGAAUGUCAGUGAGCUGUUCCCCAUUGGCUUCUGCCACCUCUGUUUCUUGGAGUGUCCUUGCUGUGCUUUCUGUACCGUAAGCAAGCUGAGGACUGUCCACUCUUCCUCCUCAUUACCUGCCCACACUCCUCAGGCACGGCUCAGGGUACCCCUGGAAAGUGAGACAGUGUUUACAGGGUGGGAGUGGGUCACCCUUUGGGCGGGUGGUGCCUGCUAGCUGUGUUCCCAUCUGGGUUAAUGCCCUAAGAGCUCCUGCAGAGCCAGGGAUGUCUGCAGCCAGUCUGCUUCCUCUUCUCACGGGAACCCAGCCCCUCUAUUUCCUAAGCACUGAGCUGGGAACCUCAAGCAUGUGACCACAGAGCCCCACACUGUGUCGAGCAAACAGCAGGAACUCUGAGGAGUCUGCACACAGUCCAUGACAGCAGGAGCCUCCCAGAGUGUGAACCACGAGGGGGCGCAGCAUACCAUUUUGCACAUACGACAUGCCGUCCCACCCUCCUGGGGAGAGCACGCCCCGGCCCAUGGCCCCCGGGUCUUUCUGGCCGAGUCUCUUGUCCCCUGCCGUGGAUAACCCCACUUAGCUGAGGCCACAGGCACCUCUGUACUUUCAAGAACCCGACAUCAUUUGCACUGUCCCCUUGUGCACUCUGCUCUGUAGGUCACGGUCUGUUCAAAGGCUGCGGGCAACAGCAGCGAUCAGUCCCUCGUGUUCUGUAUGGCAUAUUUAUUUAUUUAACCCUCUCUGGGGAAGCUUGAUAGAGAUAUCUUCUGUGUGGAUGCUCCAUGCUGCCAGGCCCUGGGUCAUCUCUGGCUUCCCCCCAAGAGAAUCAAUCCUGUCCGUAUUCAGGAAGUCGCCAUGAGGGUAGAGGCCAAGAGUGCACCUGUACACUCAGACUUUGUUAGGCACCCCAGAGUAACCACUGCUAAGCUCGUGUCCCCAUCAGUAUAGUGGUGUCCACUCCUGAUUUGACUCAGCUUUGACUUUGGUUCAGACUCUAAAUAGCCAGAGCAGAGCAGGUGAGGCGCCUCUGCCAGCAGCUAGGAAUGCCCUAGGUGGCAGGCCUUUCCAGGUUCUGGGUCACUGCUCAAAAGAGCCCCCGUCAGAGUGUCCUGCGUCCUUUCUCUUGCAAACUCUGUGCUCCUGGUAACUGUGGCCAUUCGAAUCAGUUUCACAUUUUCCUUUUUAUAGGCUUUUGUCUUUGUAUGACUUUGUUUUAGUAGAAAAGUAAAGUUCUUCGAAA